GGUCAGGAGUUGAAGAUGUAUUGCUGUAGAAGAAAGAAUGUUAUGGUGGUAGUUUCUUUUCUAAUUGUUCUGUCCUUUGAAGCAUACUUGUGGCUGUUGCAAACCCCUUUCCUGCCACAAACAAUACAGUCAACUGAUCUCUGCAAAGAUAUCGUGUGCUUGGAACCCAGAAAGUGCUCUCCAAAAUACGUGUCAAUUCAUUCAUCUCCUAGAGGGAAUAUCGACAAGCUACCAAGGUUUGAAAUUAAAAACCGUGUGCCCAAGGAUUCAUUUUCUGCUGAAUUCACUCUUUGUCUCCCUGUCAUGUUUGGAAACUACAGCAAUGUCUUGCAGUUCAUACAAAGCAUGGAAAUGUAUAAAAUUCUUGGUGCACAGAAAGUGCUGGUCUACAUGUACAACUGCAGUCAACUCAUAGAGAAAGUAUUGGAAUUUUAUGUUGCAGAAGGUACCAUUGAUAUUAUUCCAUGGCCAAUUUUUUCAUAUGUUAAUUUCUCUUCUUUCUGGUAUUCUUUCAAAGACUGGGACUAUGGGAAAGCUACAGUCCUAAAUGAUUGCAUCUACCGCAAUAUGUACAGGAGCAAAUAUGUGGUUCUUAAUGACAUUGAUGAAAUUAUCCUACCCAUUAAGCAUCUGAGUUGGAAAACAAUGAUAAGCGAUCUUGAGAAACGAAAUCCAGAGACAGGCAUCUUCUUGUUUGAGAACCAUUUAUUUCCUCAGCAUGUCUUUUCCUCUACAGACACACUCAACAUUUCAUCCUGGAAAAUGGUCCCAGGAACUAAUAUACUGCAGCAUAUUUACAGAGAGCCCAUUAAACUUAAGUUCAGUAAUCAGAGAAAGAUGAUUGUUAAUCCAAGAGCUGUGGUUCAGACUUCAGUCCACACCAUUCUCAAAGGUUAUAGUAAGACGCUGGUAGUUCCCAAAGAGAUUGCAAUUCUUUAUCAUUGCAGACAGUAUGUUGAAAAAGAGAUCCCUGGAAAAUACCUCAUUAGGGACACAACGAUCUGGAGAUACAAUGUUUCUUUGAUUAAUAAUGUUAACAACAUACUUAAAAAACAAUUCCCUAGAAAGAGUUCCAAGUUUAGAUGGAAUAAAUUCUAGGGAGGCAUUGUAGCUUUUAUAAACAGUGGUAUUUUUACACAUACAAAAUUACUUACUAACAAAGUACUGGUACAUUCCAUAUGCUAAAUUUGUAGAACUUCAUUCUACAAUUAGAAAUGUACAACCACCUAGUGUAUGCUCAGUAAAGUUGUUAUUCUAAGGAAUUUUUUUUAAAGCAUAUUUUCCCCAGACAUCAGUUCCUAUUCACUGUUACCUGGACUUACAUCUACACUAUAGAUUGCACUAAGCUCAUACUCAUAACUUUCAUGGCUUUCUUCAAAGAAUCCUAGGAACUGUAAUUCACUGAAAAUAUUUCUCUAUUCCUCCCCCUUUCCACUACUUUGUAGCUUAACAUCCUGUCCAAUGAAUAGUUUUGAAAAACUUGCGUAUCAUUUUGUGCAGUUUAUUUGGUCCUGAAUAAAGAUGUUAUCUGAUGGUU